CAUCCACGUCCUUUCUAUUCAACUUCACCUCGCGAGAAGCAUCGACAUGCCAGAGACCGUCCGCCGAAAUGGCCAAAUGGCGGCGUGCGAGCCGUGCAGAAAGAACAAAUACCGUUGCGAUCACGGCAGACCAGUGUGCGCGCGCUGCGUCCGACGCGGCUUCUCUUCCGACCAAUGUUACUAUCAUCCCGCGCCCAUGUCUGCGCAGCGAAAAUCAGUAUCCAGACAACAGCCACCGACACCGGCAACAACUCGGUCAUCUGUCCCAGCCACACCGGCCUCCAUGUCAGUGUCUAGUCCCGCAUCCGACACCUUCUUCGAGCGAGCAACAGGUUUUGUCGGCCUCCAGCACUCUUUGAUAGAUCUCGCGGACGAUGGAGCCAUGUCCACACAGCGGACGUAUGAUAGCUCGUGCGCAAUGGUCACAAGAACGGGCGUCGCUGCUCCCUCGCCGCCGGCCAAGGCCACUUCUUCCCUUAUCUCCGACGGUGCCGGCAUCCUAGAACUCUUGUUAGAUUGGGACAUCGACCUGGACAGUCUGGCUGCUCGGUUCUUGAGCGAUUACCACUUUUACGUCCUCGGUCCCAUCGUCCCGCCAAUUCUUCUCGCCGUUGUCCGCACUUUACAGCCCCUCAAAGCUGACCGAUCGCAAGCCAAUCUGCUCCACGCAUCGUCGCGCAUCUUUGAAGAGACGGCCAAUACGUUGCAGUUCCCCAUCUCGCCCGCAGAUGGUGCUUUGGCUGCAGCGUGGUUCCCGGACACAGUGCGAUGGGAGGCGAUCGGCCUCUACUUCACCACCGUCGGCAUGUUCCUCGUUGGCGAUACCGAACUGGCGGGCUACGGAAGACAACAACGAAACGCCAUGGCCGAUCAGGCAUAUAACAGUGCGGUACAAUGCGAGGCCUUUUGUCAAAAGUUCGGGCCCAACGAUAUGACUUUGUGGCUCCAGUUGGCUCUCCACGGCAUGUCAGCUUGGUCUUUCGGGGACAACUCCUACCCGGCUUUCCGCGCCCUGGCCACUUUGGCGUCGACCAUCUUUGCCCUCGACUUCCACAGAGGCGUCCACGAUGAUCCUGCCACCCCGCAAUACCUGCUCGAGCUACGGCGACGCGCGCUGGCACUAGCAAAUGAGAACGAUAAAGGCAUUGCGACUUUUGCUGGUCGCCCUCCGUUCCUCAGUCGACAAUACUUCUCCGCGAUACUGCCGCUUGAUGUCCCGAAUGCCGUUCUCUUUGCCACGCCUGCGGAGCUCGAGGAGAGCAAGUCACGACUGGACGAGAACGGGUGGAACAUGCAUGGCGAGGUCAAUCCUGCCGCUCGGUCGAGAGUGAUGGCACUGCUUUCCCCAAUCCGCGAGGAGGCGUUGUUGCUCUCAAAUGGUACGAUGGUGUUGGAUUUGGAAGCGAAAGCCAACCAAUUAUUGUCGCAAUUGCGAGACACCUGGCAGUCUAUUCCUCCACAGCUGAGAUUCGACGUCGCCCAGUAUGAUCACGUCCCGCCUGCGACCACCUCGCCACUUGCCUUCUUCCGCUUGGAGUAUUGCUAUACCGAGUUCAUCUUGUUCAAGAGGCUAGUCGGCUGCCAUGAGAAAUACCGCCACGAAGUCGUUCGGACUUCGCACGAAAUCGUCAAUAUCGUAAUUUCGAUGCUCAAGAAGCGAGCCACAAUCUUCCUUCACCGCAACGAUUUUGAGUGGGCCAUGGUACACUACACGAUGCCAGCCAGUCUGGUCUUGCUCAGCGAGCUCUUCCGUGGAGCCCGCUGGCCUCAGUCGGAGAUCGUCCUCAGCCGCUCCACCCUAGUCAAAGACAUCAGUGCCGUUGUGAUAUGCUGCGAAUGGCUCAUUGAGAUUGGGCAGGGCAACUACAACAUGAUCAAGCAGGCGCAACUCAUCUUCUCCACCGGAUUGGAUCGAGUCCUGGACGGGAAUGUGGGCAGUAUGGCAGAACCGUUAACCACGGCCACGUCCAUGGCCGUGACCGCCGACGGCGAAGUCGUGAAUUUGCCUUCCCAAGACUUGGAAUGGAACUCUUGGCUGGAGUCGUUUGGGUUUGAUGCGGACGUUUGGUUGGAUAUGGCGCUACAACAGCCUGUCGAUUUGCCGAUGGUGGAAGGGUGACCUUGUCACGAAUGAUGAGUGAUUAGACGACGAGGUCGUCCGAAGUUGUAAACGAUGCUCUCAUGCCAAAUAUGAGCUGCGACCCCUCCUCCAUCGAUUUGCUCCUGCAAGAGUUGCCACAGCGCGAUGUGAGUAUGAGUAUUUCUUUGAAGCGCCUUGUCUUGCAGAUGUUUUGGCCCUAUUCCCUUGAUAUCAAUAAGCCCUCUCAUCUUCUUCGUCGACGUUUGCGGUUAGCUUUGCGAAGCAGACCCGGG